CAUCACUCACUUCCUCAACGGCUUAUGCUGCUUUUGGUUUGUGUUGAUAGCGGCAUUUGCUUUCACACGUGCAAUAAGUCCUAUGUGAAUAACUCUUUUUAGGAUCAUUUCAUAAGCUCUCCCUGCUCUCCCAGACAGGUUUAAAGCCAUAGUAACUCACAAUCAUGGGGGCUUAUCUGUCACAACCCAACACUUGCAAGACCUCCUCCGAUGGCGGCAACAACAACUUGAGCUACGGCUUCUCUGCCAUGCAAGGCUGGCGUGUGUCAAUGGAGGAUGCUCACAACUGUAUUCCAGAUUUCGAUGAAGACACGGCUAUGUUCUCUGUUUAUGAUGGACAUGGAGGUGAGGAGGUGGCUUUGUAUUGUUCAAAGUAUCUCCCAGAUAUCAUCAAAGAGCAGAAGGCUUAUAAAGAUGGAAAACUACAAAAAGCUCUUGAAGACGCGUUCUUGGCUAUUGACUGCAGAAUGACCACAGAAGAAGUCAUCAAGGAGCUUGUGCAGAUCGCUGGCCGACCAACUGAAGAGCCGCCUACUGAGAAAGUCGCUGAGGAAGAUGACUUGGACAAAGAAGAGGCAGCUCUGCUUCAUGAGGAAGCAACCAUGACUAUUGAGGAGUUACUUGUACGAUAUGGCCAAAAUCGCAAUGCAGUUAAACAUGCUGGGAGUGCUGCAGCUAAAAAAGCAAGUGCUGCUGCCUCUGGAGAAGAGGCAGGUGGCAGUGAGGGGCAAAAGAAGGAGGGUGUAAAUGGAGAAGUGGAGGAGGAGAGCAAUGGAAAAACCAGUGAAGGCUGUGGAAAAGCAUGUGGGUCUAAAGUGCGGGCCUGUCGAAGAGCCGCAAGUACAGGAAGUGAUGCAGAUGGGGCCGGUGGUAGCUCUAAUGGUGAAGAGAAGGCUGGUAAGGUAGAGGGUGAUGCAGGCCCUUCAUGCUCCUCUUUGACAUCCAAGACUGGUGGAGAUUCAAAGUCCAGAUUUUUUGACGACAGUGAGGAGUCAGAUGAAGGAGAGGAAGAAGAGGGCAGUGAUGAAGAGGAUGGAAGUGAGGAAGGGGAAAGCACUGAGGUAGAGGAAGAGGAGGACACAGAGGAGGGAGAGGAAGACUCUGAGGAUGAGGAUGAAGAAGAAAUGUGUUUACCAGGCAUGGAUGGAAAAGAAGAGCCUGGCUCAGACAGUGGCACCACAGCUGUUGUGGCGCUCAUCAGAGGAAAGCAGUUGAUUGUAGCUAAUGCUGGAGACUCUCGCUGUGUGGUUUCUGAGCGCGGAAAAGCUGUAGAUAUGUCAUAUGACCACAAGCCAGAGGAUGAGCUGGAGCUGGCUCGUAUUAAAAAUGCUGGAGGAAAGGUGACCAUGGACGGCAGAGUCAAUGGGGGUCUCAAUUUGUCCAGAGCUAUUGGUGAUCACUUUUACAAAAGAAACAAGGCGUUGCCUCCAGAGGAGCAGAUGAUUUCUGCUAUGCCAGACAUCAAGGUUUUGACUCUUAAUGAGGAGCACGACUUCAUGGUCAUUGCCUGCGAUGGAAUUUGGAAUGUGUUGAGCAGUCAGGAAGUUGUUGACUUUGUUAGUGAAAGGAUGAAACCAGACCAGAGUGAUAAAACAAGAUCUUUGUCAUCAAUAGUUGAAGAGCUGUUGGAUCAUUGUUUGGCUCCUGAUACGUCUGGAGACGGGACAGGCUGUGAUAACAUGACCUGUAUGAUAGUUACCUUCAAGCCCUACCCCUCUGCUGUCCAGUGCGACUCAGAUGAAACUAAAAAGAGGAAGCUCCAGGAGGAGUCAGGAGACUGUGAGGUAGAGAAGAACGGGAAUGACAGUAAAAAGGUUAAGAGUGACUAAAAUGACCAGGAAAGACAUCCCAGGAAGAACAACUGGUUCCAGACCGCCCCAACACACCAGAUACACAUCUAUCCAAGACGGGAUUGUUACCUCAAAGACCAUGAUCUCAUCCUGUAGGACCAGUAAUGUAUGCUUACACUGCAUCGUCAACAUUUAUUUUUCGAAAAAUUUUCUUCAGUGCCCACUUUAUUUUUCUUGGUAACAAUGCCAGAUAUAUUUCGCCUUUUAUACAUCAGGGUAAUAGACACGAUCUUUCUGGUAACUAGAAAGAAACAGUAUAAGUAAAAUGAUAUUGUAGCUAUGAAAGCCUUAUUGCCCUGACCACUUUUAUGUUUUUGUUGCAUUUACCUCAACAUGAGUUGACAAGGGGGGUGCUGUGUAGACAGUUCAAUUUUGACAAAAUGUGUACAGAGCAUUUUACAAUAUAUAUGUGUUUAAAAGUGCCACAUUUUUUGUGUUUCUUGUAGAUAUCCAAAACUGGACUUGCAGAUUAAUAUUAAAAUCAAACUUGCCUGUCCAAAUCAAAAGCAGGUGUAAAAACAUUUACGAAGCAUUGGAAAGAUGUCUGUCUUAUUUUGCAUGUGUUGGUCAAGGUUUUGGGUUGCCACUGGGGAUGCAGUUGGAGUGUGUUGAUGAGACUCCAGCCCUCCCAAAUGGAGGAUUAGAAGUAGCAUCUGAAGGUUAAAUUAGCCAUUUUGAUAUAUUUUCCCUUUGAGCAUUUACUUGGUUUAAAAAGCAAUGAGCCUUUUCUGGCUGGCUUCUGUGAAACAGCAUUUGAGCACAUCACAUGUCACCAUUCAUUCCUGUGUUUUUGUAGUCUGUUCUGAUCUAUACAUUUCCAAAUGGUUAAACACCAGCUUUUGAGAGGAAACAUAAAUAUACUGUAUGUAAGAUUGGGUAUAUGGGAAACGAACGACAGCAACAAAUGACAAAUGUAUUGUAAGUUGAACAUGAGAGGACUACUGCAGCGGGACACUGACUGUUCAGAUAUUUAGUUUCAAAUUUGUAAAUGAUCUGUCUGCUAUGUCUAAACUCAGAUUUUAAUAGUUCUAAUCAGCAGAUGUCCAUGAUUUGAUUACUUUGUUUCUGGCCAGACAAAAUAUUAUAUUGUGCACAUUCUUAAGGUAUCUGCCAGUGGAUGUGCUAUGAUUUACAAGUGGAUAGAUCUUUCAAAGCACCAAUACAAUGUAACUGUUGAUUUAGUCUUUGAGAUACCUGUUAAACCAUUUUGUUUGGCUGUGCAUUUGUUUUCAUGUUCUAUCUUAACACCAUGCCCUUUUUAUGUACAUAGUUUUUCAAUACUUGUAAUCGAAAAAAAGCUUUUCUUUGUAAUUGUGACUCAGUGUGACAUUUGGUGCAUACUCUUUUGAGACCAGUAUGUAAGUACAUACAAAUACAUUUUUUAAAUAA